AUGACAAGUGACGAUGAAAUUCCGUCAACUCUGGUAGUAAACAUGUUACUGACGACAUUUCAGCUACCAACAUUAACAGAUUCACGCGGAGUAAACAAAAUUAGAAACUUUGGCGUUUUCGAGUUUCCAGCAACACAAAACAGCGCACUCAACAUGUUGACGCUCAUGUCGCUCGACAAACUUCUUACUCAAAGUAAAAAACUUACAUCAAAAUGUUCAUCAUCUGGUCAAAGAAACAAAAUUAUCUUCUUUAUAACUUUUGUGAUUUUUAGUAAAAUAAAAAGUGGAAAAAUGCCAAACUGCGAAAAUUUGUCAGAAAGUAGAAAACUUUUCAUAUUGAAAUGA